CCUCAUUCGGUCGCAACCAACUGAGCAGUGAUCAACCUCAGCUAAAGCUAAAGUUUAAAAGUAUUUUAUAAAGUGUUUUAUAAAGUUUUAAAAAAGUGAUAUAUCUUGUAAUAAAUAAUUCAGUGCCUUGAACCCGCCCUGCAAAAAUGUCGAUCUUCGAUCAUCCCGAGCAGCUGAAGAUGCUGCAGGACCUGCUGAAUCCCACUCAACGGAGAGGCGGUAUCGAUUACAGCAGUAGCGAUGACGAGGACGAGUCCAUGGUGGUCCACAAGAUGAAUCCUGGUGGAAUUGGCCGUACCAAGGCAGCCGAUUCCUCUGGCAAGACUAAGAGUAAGAAAAAGGCCAAUCCCCUGGCGACUCCCCUGGUGGAGGAGGAGAAGAAGCAGCCAGUGAGUCUGGAACAAUGGCAGGAGCAGCAGGAGCGAGAGGAUAAUGAUAUACUCGAGACCCGAAAGAGUCCAGAGUACACAAUGACCUAUCGUCAGGCUGUGGGCACCGAAGAUGUGUUCCUUCAGAUGGGCAAUCGCACUGGAGCUUCGGCCAGCUGUGAAGAUCUGAUUUUGGAAAUUUCACUGCCAGAUGAGGAAAUGGCUGCCGACAAGAUGUCGCUUAGCUUGCAGGAAACGGAAGUGGAUCUGGGGACCUGUUUGUACCGCCUGCGUUUACCGUUGCCUCAUCCCGUCGAUGUGGAUCGUUGUCAGGCGAAAUACGACAGCGAGCUGAAGAAACUGAGGCUCACUCUGCGCCUCAAACGGGAGCUAGACUACGUUAAUUUUUAAAAACAAAGACCUAAUUUAGCUAAUACCGUUCAAUUUACAGCAGACUACCAAAGCCCUAAUUUUGCCGAUACUAAUUACUCUAGACUACACUUUUGAAAACUAAAGCCCUAAUUUACCUAAUACCCUACACAUUACACAACUCAACACCACACAACUAGGUGUAACGCUGAAGUACCAUACCAAAUUUUGAGUGUAUCGCAACUAGUGAGUCCAGAAAUGCAAGUCCAAAUUUAUUGUG